CGCUCGGCAGACAUGGACUUGCAUCGUGAUUGUGCUGCCGAAACGCCGGCCGCCGAGCCGCCGGCGGGCAAGAUCAAUAAAACCGCCUUCAAACUGUUUAAGAAGAGGAAGUCGGGGGGCACCAUGCCCAGCAUCUUUGGGGUGCGGAGCAAAGGGGACGGGAAAGGUGCGGCGGGCAAGGCGGGCAUGGUGAGGAGCCGGACCCAUGACGGCCUGGCCGAGGUGGCGGUGCUGGAGGGCGGCAGGAAGGAGGACCCGCCCCACCCCGAGCCCCCUCGGGCGCCCGUGACCACCGUGGGCCCGCUGGCCCCCAGCUCGGUGGCCAAGUCCCACAGUUUCUUCUCGCUGCUGAAGAAGAACGGCCGCGGCGAGCCGGCCGAGCCGCACAAGGCUGGCUGCAAACAAAAGCGAGGGCUCAAAGGCAUCUUCCACAGCAUGCGCUGGUACAGGAAGGAGCGGCGGGCCAAGGAGGAGGACAAGGAGGAGCCCCCCAGCGGGCAGGCCGGCCUGAUCCGCCCGGGGUCCCUCACCGCCAGCCUGGAGUGCGUCCAGGCCGGAGCCCCCAGAGCCGCCGGAGAGCCCGCCGCCGCCAGCCCCGAGGCCCGGGACGCGCUCCCCGGUGAGGCGCGCGCGGGGGAGCCGGUGCCCGCGGUCGCCGAGCAGGCUGCGGAGAGGAGCCCCGGCUUAUAUAACGACAGGAGCGCGCGGCCGGAGCCGCCUGCGAGGCCCCGGCGCGAGGAGAAGGCCCGGGCGCCCCCGGAGGUCCCGGCGGCCCAGGACGAUGCUGCCAGAACAGGUGACGUGUCCCUUGUUGAAUCUGCAGGUGGCAGUGGCCCCGACCCUGCCAGCUCUAUUGAUCCACCCUCAGAGCCAUCGAUUGAUCGUAUUUGUUUGCUCUUUUCUGACGUGACUUCAUUGAAAAGCUUUGACUCUGUUACAGGCUGUGGAGAUAUUAUUGCAGACCCGGAGGAGGCGGCGGGUCCCAGCGGUGACAAGAACGCCCCGGGACCAGGCAAGACAGCUCUGUCUACAAAGAACGCCAGCAUGCUGGCCUACCAAGGAGGAGGGGAGGAGAUGGCCAGUCCGGAUGAGGUGGACAACACCUAUCUCCAGGAAUUCUGGGACAUGCUCUCCCAGACGGAGGAUCAAGUUCAAGGUCCCCAAGACGUGGUGGCCAAAGCCGCAGCACUGGACACCAAGGUGCAGCUAUCUGAGACCGCCAAAGAGACCAGGCGAGUAGAGGCUGCUAAGGGUGUGUCUUUGGUCAAACGCAGGAGACUCCACCGGAUUCCCGUUGAGUCCCAGCAGAAGGAGGACCCUAAACACCCAGAGAAGGAGCAGCAUGAAGGUGUCCCCAACAGUGACGAAGGCUACUGGGACUCGACCACACCUGGCCCGGAGGAAGACGGCGGUGGCGGCAGCGGUAAGAAGACCGGCCUGUCCCGGGAUAGCUACAGUGGGGAUGCGGUCUACGAUCUCUACGCCGACCCCGAUGACAGCCCCACGGUCCCCCCUGCCAACGAAGACAUGUCCUGCUUGUCCCGGUUAAAGCCGGUAUCCCCAGUCACCAUAACGUGUCCCUUGCGGACGCCAGGCAGUUUGCUGAAGGACUCGAAAAUCCCCAUUAGCGUCAAGCACUUCGCAAACCUUCCCACCAGCCACUCUGUGGCUCACCAGCAACCCACGCGGAGCGAGAUGCCCAGAACGAAAAUCCCCGUGUCCAAAGUGCUGGUCCGCAGGGUCAGCAACCGGGGCUUGGCCGGGACCACCCUGCGAGCAGCCUCUUGCCACGAUGGGGCCAAAAAGUUGUGA